GUGCCCCUAAUAAUUCGAUCGCGCUUGGCCAGUUGACUUGGCUGCGACUCGCGCAGAAUCAGAAACCGCUGAGCGUAAGUUAGUUGUGACUUGUGACCGGCGGCCUGAUCGCGCGAUACUCUCAAGAUGGGCGACAACGUGGUAGCCGACGUGCAAAAUCUGACCUUGGCGGAGGAUAAGGCACGAAUAUCCCAACUUUACAUACAACUCGAACUUCUCUCGCUUUUUUUUUAGCACCGUUAAACUAUGCUGACGAGUUUACGUUUUCACGUUUGUAGGACCGUUUACGGCGGUACUAAGUGGACACAUGUCCGGGCGAAGUCAAAGGCAAUGAAGAAGAAAUAUGCUGCAGCGGAGAAGACUGUGUCGGAGCUUGAUCCUUGGCCCUCUUACAUUCAGGAUCGUAUUGUAUUGUGGGAUAAAUUGAAAAAGGAGUAUGACGACUCAGUGGCAGCAAAGACUCCUGCAAACAUAACUGUAACUCUGCCGGAUGGUAAGAAGAUAUCUGGGAAAUCCUGGCGUACGACGCCUUACGACGUUGCGAAAGGUAUUAGCCAAGGAUUGGCAGAUAAUACUGUAAUCGCAAAAGUCAACAAUGAAUUAUGGGAUCUUGACAGACCUCUAGAAUCUGACUGCAAAUUGCAGCUGUUGAAGUUUGACGAGCCGGAAGGUCAGCAAGUGUUUUGGCAUUCUAGCGCUCAUGUUCUUGGAGAGGCUAUGGAAAGAGUUUACGGCGGCUGUCUCUGUUAUGGUCCCCCUAUCGAGAAUGGCUUUUACUAUGAUAUGUAUCUGGGCGACCAGGGCAUCUCCAACGCGGACUUCCCAUAUCUGGAGAGUCUCUACAAGAAUAUAGUCAAAGAGAAACAACAGUUUGAACGGCUGGAAAUGACAAAAGAAGAUCUCCUGGAAAUGUUCAAGUACAAUGAAUUUAAAGUACGGAUUAUAAACGAGAGGAUACACACGCCCACUACCACGGCUUAUAGAUGUGGUCCGCUGAUUGAUUUGUGCAGAGGACCUCAUGUGAGGCACACGGGAAAGAUCAAGGCCAUAAAGAUCACGAAGAACUCAUCCACGUACUGGGAAGGGAAUGCUAACGCGGAAUCAUUGCAGAGAUUGUACGGAAUCAGUUUUCCGGAUACUAAACAGCUGAAGGAAUGGGAGAAGUUUCAGGAGGAAGCAGCCAAGCGAGAUCACAGAAAGAUUGGAAAGGAGCAGGAGCUGUAUUUCUUCCAUGAGCUGUCGCCCGGUUCUUGUUUCUUUCAACCACGUGGCGCGUACAUAUAUAACACCCUGAUGGAAUUUAUUCGCUCUGAGUACAGGAAGAGAGGAUUUCAGGAGGUGAUCACUCCGAAUAUUUAUAAUAGCAAAUUAUGGCAGACCUCGGGACACUGGCAGCAUUACGCGGAAAAUAUGUUUUCUUUCGACGUAGAGAAGGAGACUUUCGCGCUCAAGCCGAUGAACUGCCCAGGUCACUGCUUGAUUUUCGACGUUCGAUGCAGAUCCUGGCGCGAGCUGCCACUCAGAUUGGCGGAUUUCGGCGUGUUGCAUCGCAACGAGCUGUCGGGCGCGUUGACGGGUCUUACCAGAGUGAGACGAUUCCAGCAGGAUGAUGCGCAUAUAUUCUGUUCGAUAGAGCAAAUUAAAGACGAGAUAAGUGGCGCACUCGACUUUCUGUGGCAUGUCUACUCUGUUCUCGGUUUUACGUUUAAUUUAUGCUUGUCCACGCGACCCGAGAAGUUCAUGGGCGACAUAGAGGUCUGGAAUGAGGCUGAGAAAGCCUUGGAAGAGAGCUUGAACGCGUUCGGCCAACCGUGGAGUCUUAAUCCUGAGGAUGGUGCAUUCUAUGGGCCUAAAAUCGACAUAACUAUCAUGGACGCGCUUAAAAGGGCUCAUCAGACUGCUACAAUACAAUUAGAUUUCCAGUUGCCAAUUAGGUUCAAUUUAUCCUAUGUUAAUGAAGCUGGAGAGAAAACUCGACCGGUUAUCAUACACAGAGCCAUCCUGGGCUCUGUAGAACGUAUGAUUGCUAUCGUAACAGAAUCAUAUGGCGGUAAAUGGCCGUACUGGCUCUCUCCGCGACAGGCGAUGGUUGUGCCGGUAGCGUCGCAAUUCGAUGACUACGCUUACGAAGUGAAACAAAAACUCUGGGACGCUGGCGUUAUGGUCGAAGUUGACACCGACUCGAGUGAUACUCUGAACAAGAAAAUUCGUAAUGCUCAACUUGCACAAUUUAACUUUAUACUCGUUGUGGGAGAGAAGGAACGUAAUGCUGGCACAGUGAAUGUAAGAACGAGAGAUAACACGGUGCACGGUGAAAUAGCGGUGGAUGAGUUAAUCGUAAAAUUGAAAGUCUUGAAAGAAACGAGAGAUCAAAGCGGUGAUUUAAAAUAAUUGCUUAAUUUUCAGCAAUACAUAUUAAAACGAAUUUAUUUAUUUCUAGAUAUUGCACGAUAUCUUGAUAAAUCUAUAAUAAACUUAAUGAUAUGGAUCAAUUUUUUUUUUACAGAGAAUUAUUUCUUUUUGUGUUUAAGAAAAUAUACAUUUUUGAAUUUUUUAUACAUUAAUUCUCUUUCCAUAAAUAUGAAAACAAGAUAUUAUACAGAUAUUGUAAUUUAUGUGCAUUUUACACAUGUGUGUAGCAUUUAUUAUAAAACGUGAUUAAAUAUUUGGCCUUCUU